AACGCCUUACUCAGAGUACUAUGUGUAAUAUUUGAUAGAAGUAAUUUUUGUGUUUGUAUUUGUGUAUAGUAAUAUCGAAUUUGCUACGUAUUGUGAUUCAUUAUCUUAUAAAAGGAAUAUUAUUGUUAGUGGAUUUUACUGCGUAUGUUGAGGAGGGCGUAUCAAUCCUACAAUUUAUAGAAUAUUUUUCAAAUACAUUUACAUAACCUCAAAUGUGAGAUUUUGCAUAUGUUUGUUUUAGAAUGGACAUUAUUUAGUGAGUUAAUCAUUUUAGAUUUAAUUGACUAGUAAAUAGAAUUUCAUCCUAAAUAAGUUAUUUAUUAUAAAUAGUGUUACUUGAAGGAAUUUGAUCCAAAAAGUCAAGAUGAAGAAAAAGGUUUUGUUGAUGGGCAAAAGUGGCUCAGGAAAGACGAGUAUGCGUAGUAUUAUAUUUGCUAAUUAUAUAGCACGUGAUACUCGUCGAUUAGGUGCAACAAUUGACGUAGAGCAUAGUCAUGUUCGUUUCCUUGGAAAUUUGGUAUUAAAUCUUUGGGAUUGUGGAGGUCAAGAAGCUUUCAUGGAAAAUUAUUUUGCAUCUCAACGUGAUAAUAUAUUCCGAAAUGUAGAGGUGUUAAUUUACGUUUUCGAUGUGGAAUCAAGAGAAUUAGACAAAGAUAUGCAUUAUUAUCAAAACUGUUUAGAAGCAAUAUUGCAAAAUAGCCCCGAUGCAAAGAUUUUUUGUCUUGUUCAUAAAAUGGAUUUGGUACAAGAGGAUCAGCGUGAUUUGAUACUACGAGAGAGAGAGGAAGAUCUCAAAAGACUGAGUUUACCACUUGGAUGUACUUGUUUUAGAACUAGUAUAUGGGAUGAAACUUUAUAUAGAGCGUGGUCUUCUAUCGUAUACAUGUUGAUACCUAAUGUAGAAGAAUUGGAACAAAGCCUAAAUCAAUUUGCAAAAAUAAUUGAUGCGGAUGAAGUACUAUUAUUUGAAAGAGCAACAUUUCUUUUAAUUAGCCAUUGCGAAAGACAACUUCACAGAGAUGUACAUCGUUUUGAAAAAGUUUCGAAUAUCAUAAAACAGUUUAAAUUAAGUUGCAGUAAGUUAGCGGCACAGUUUCAAAGUAUGGAGGUAAGAAAUAGUAAUUUUGCUGCUUUCAUAGAUGUAUUCACAUCAAACACAUAUGUGACGGUUAUCAUGUCAGAUCCAGCUAUUCCAUCGGCAGCAACGUUAAUUAAUAUUCGCAAUGCACGUAAACAUUUUGAAAAAUUAGAACGGGCCAGUCAAAGUUCAGCAUUGGGUAGAUAGAAGUCAGCUCGACCCAGGCGCAUUGUCACCCGGGUCCAAACUGUUAAUGACUGUUGAAUUUAAGAGUCUGAUGGAAUGACCAAUAUUACAUUUGGCAAUUUAUUUGCUGAAAAUAAUUCAUCGAAUAAUAAUAAUAUCCAGCUUUUAUUAUGAGCAUUCAUGACAGAAAUAUGUGAAUAAUUAUACAGGGAAUAUUUCUUUGUUUCUUGCUCAAUUGCUAUGUUUGAUGGUGCUGUAAGACUUUGUAUCAUCUCAUAAUAAUUGUGGAUCUGUGUAAACCUGUAACGAGCAAUUCAGUAUCAACAGCCAUAAAGAUAAUAUUUUGUCUGAAUUAUUUAUAAUGGUAAAUAUGUCACUUAGUUUAAAUCCUAAAUAACUUCAUUUUUUAGACCGAACAAUAUUGUCAUUGUUCCAUGUUAUAUCAAUAUCUCGCAUCAAAUUUGUACAGUGGCUUUUGUGAUCUUCUCAAAAAGAUAUAUUUUCUUAUACUGUAUUUAGUUUCUUCAAAAUAGCGUACAGUUAAUAUAUGAAAUUAAUCAAGGAAUAGGAGUAAACAAUUAUUACAAUACAUUCUCAAUGACAUGGUAUUAAUAUCACAUUUGUAUGUUUUGUGUUAAAUAUGUUAAAUUAAAUAUUAAAUUUGAAUUGCGCUGCCUCGCACAUAAAAUUAAGUAAAUAAAUAAUCUAUGAUUGAUAUUAUGGAUUAACGGCUGUAAUUGUUUUUAAAAAUAAAUAAAGUAAUAAUAGUCUAAUAA